AUGUCUGCAGUAUUAUUCAACUUGGUCAUCGAUUGGGUCAUGCGGAAGACAACAGAAGACUCUCCAAGGGGGAUCCGCUGGUGCCUGUUCUCAACUUUAGAGGAUCUGGACUUUGCGGAUGACCUUGCGCUUAUGUCUCACACACACCAGCAUAUCCAAGAGAAGACCAACAGGCUGCAAAUCUACGGACAUCAGGUGGGGCUACGCAUCAGUACGAAGAAGACGGAGACAAUGACACUUAAUGUGGAAUUACCUGCUGCUGUUAAGAUCAAUGGUGAAGAACUACGCCAGACGGAUAAUUUUAUUUACCUGGGUAGCAUCAUUAAACCAGAGGGCGGCACAAAGGAGGACAUCCACAGCAGACUGGGCAAGGCCAGGGGAGUAUUUAGGGAAAUGAAUAACAUCUGCAGAGUAUAG